CGCAGCCUUGAUGCAAGCAAUCCCGAUUUUUCUGCUGCGAGCCGUCAUCGAUCCGCAUCGAUCCGCUUCGAUCCACUUGCUGCGUCCAUCCCUCUCGUUUCCACCAAACGAAUCCACCAACCCAGCCAUGAUGCGCGGAUUCCAGGCCAUGCGCCGUGCUGCCUCUGCCGCUCACAGGACCCAGACUCGCUCUGCGUCUUCCCUCGGCCCUUCCCUUGCCGAGCAGGAGGAGGUCUUCGACCACGCCAAGAAGACCCUUGGCACCUACAGGAACAUCUCCCUCUUCGUUGCCAUCCCCGCCUGCCUGCUGAUUGGCUUCAAGUCGUUUGUUCUUGCUGAGCACGAGCACGCCCCCGAGUUUGUCGAGUACGACCACCUCCGCAAGCGCGCAAAGAAGUUCCCUUGGGGCGAUGGCAACCACUCCCUGUUCCACAACGCUCACAUGAACGCCCUCCCCGAUGGCUAUGAGGCCGAGCACCACUGAAGCCGAUCAACCCCUUGCAUGCUCGUCUUGUUGUGUCCCCCACUCACAUGCUUCGUUCUCGACUAAUCAUUGGCUGCCACUGUGUUUUGGUAAUGUGACACGGUGUUGGUGUACUUGGUUGUGUUGUGUCGUGUUGCUGGCUUGCACGCCUGAACUGUGUACUCUGUGUCUCGUCAACUCUCAUGAAAUCUUGUGCGUCACACGCAUCAACCAAGCAAGCAGCCAACGCCA